AUGAAGCUUAGGUUAGUCAUCGCUCUGCUCCAAAAGAGCCUCUCUCCACUGCUAUCCAAAGAACCCAAACCCGAAAGUUUCUAUGAAGAAUUCGAAGCAGCAGCUACGGUGCCAAAAGACGUGGAAGAAGGCCAUUUUGUGGUAUUUGCAGUGGAUGGUGAUGAGAGAAAAAGGUUCGUCAUUAAUUUGGAGUUCUUGUCUAAUCCUGAAUUCUUAAGGCUAUUGGAGCUGGCAAAGGAAGAAUAUGGAUUCCAACAAAAGGGAGCUCUGACAGUCCCUUGUCGGCCUGAAGAACUACAGAAGAUUGUAGAAGAAAGAAGAAAACAGAAAAGUGGGGAGUGGAUUGCAUCUAGUGUUCAUAUCAUAACUAGCUUUUAA